CAGAAGCGAGUGCUUGCGAAAAGCUAUGAAGUGCAAUGAAAGUCGGCUUUUGAUGCAUAUUUUAUUGGUGAUUUUCUUCGUUUUUCAACUGUUUACCACUUCAAUAUUAGAUUCCUCGGCGGAGGAAACUGUGCCGGAAGAUUUCUUCAUUUGUCGUUCGUGCGGUCACGACGUCAGUUUGUCGAACUUCCUGAUAGAUAAGCACAGUCCUCUGGCUAUUGGCUCUAGCAAUCAGACACUGCUGACCGGUAAACAGGUAGUAGUACAGGAAGUUCAGAAUACUCUCGGAAUUAGAUUCAAAAUCGUCGUAGUUAACCAAGCUUACUGCGCAAAGGUAGAUUCGUGGAGCACGUUACAUUCGUGGUUUCCCGGUUACUCUUGGAAAUUGUGUGUAUGUCCAAAGUGUCGAACUCAUCUGGGUUGGAUGUUUGAACCUAUCGAAACUGCAACGUCUCGUCGCUAUUUUCCGGGUGAAAACGGAUUCUACGCACUGAUUUACAGCAAUAUAAUAUCGGAACGAUACGUCAACUCAUUGCUUAUGCGAGAAAAAGCACUACGCGACGAUUAGUGACCACUGAACCACUCUCGUACCCUCGUCAAAAUGGUUGACCCCAAACGCAACAUCAAUAAGCUAACCGAAGAGGACGUUAUGUUUCUUAACGAGCUGGAAGAGGAGUCCAAA